AUGACGGUGGUCGAUGCCGAGUCGCGGUUCCACGUCCUCGCGGUGGAUGACAGCAUCAUCGACAGGAAGCUCAUCGAGAUGCUGCUCAAGAACUCGUCCUACCAAGUGACCACCGUCGAUUCCGGGAGCAAGGCCUUGGAGCUGCUGGGACUGAGGGACGAAGCUGCCGAGUCAUCACCGCCUUCUUCCUCCUCCCCUGACCACCAGGAGAUUGAUGUGAAUCUGAUCAUCACUGACUACUGCAUGCCGGGCAUGACAGGGUAUGAUCUGCUGAAGAGGGUGAAGGGGUCCUCCUCACUGAAGGACAUUCCUGUGGUGAUCAUGUCGUCUGAGAACGUGCCUGCCCGGAUCAACAGGUGCUUGGAAGAUGGCGCAGAGGAAUUCUUCCUGAAACCCGUCAAGCUCGCCGACAUGAAGAAGCUCAAGUCUCAUCUCCUGAAGAAGCAGCAGCCCAGGAAGUGUCAGCCGCAGAUACAGCCAGAGCCGGAGCAGCGGCUGGAGGCACCGCCGACACAGCCGGCGCACAGGCCGGAGGAGGCCUUGGCAGAAGUGACCGCGGACGGAGCAACGACAGCCGUCAGCGACUGCAACGGCAGCAACAAGAGGAAGGCGGCGGCCAUGGAGCAGCAGGAGGGGCUGACGCCGCCGGAGAGCACCAAGCCAAGGCUGUCCAAUAGCAGCCUGGCAGUGGAGACCUGAAAAGGCAACCGAAUUGAUCAGCCAGAACCCCCUACUAAGAAAUUUCUUCUUUCUUUCUUUUGCUGUUUUUUUGGAGGGGGCUAAUCAUGAGGAUGGAUGGAUCAUUAGCUCCAUGGGAGGGGGUUUUAGCUCGAAGUGAAAAAACAAUUACGGCAUACUUAUAUAGUAGCUGCUUCGGCCUGCAAAUUUUGUUGUGCUCAGGGACACCCUUGUGUGUUCGUUAGAAAGAUGAAGGGGAUGGGGGGAAAGGAAGGAAGUUGUAGAUAAAGGCAGCGCCUUUGGUUGCUCUUGUUUAGGGCUAAUUUUAAUUUGAUGAUGGCUUAUUAUGCCACUGACCGGCUCAAAGGCUGUGUGGCCUGUGAUAUGUUUUGCA